CUGGCCGUCAGGGUGAAGGGAGGAGUAAUGGCCUGGGGUGUGUGAGUGUAGUGUGUCUGGCCGUCAGGGUGAAGGGAGGAGUAAUGGCCUGGGGUGGGUGUGUGUGUCUGGCCGUCAGGGUGAAGGAAGGAGUAAUGGCCUGGGGUGGGUGUGUGUGUCUGGCCGUCAGGGUGGAGGAAGGAGUAAUGGCCUGUGGGGAUAAGGCUGGCAGCGGUGAGGUGACGGCGGCGUGGCAUGAACCAGCUGGCACCUGUGAUGACCUUAAGGCCCUGGAGGAGUGCCAGGCCAGGGUAGAGUCCCUUGAUAGAGAGAGAACCAACAUUGGCGGCCCUGUGUAUGAAGCUGCUGGGCGCUUUUAGUGGCCCAUCGAACACUGCGAGCACACCUUGGCCUGCACCUCGUCCCUCCCUGCAGGUACAUGGUGCCCAACGGGACGCUGCACCUCACCUGGGUCAACGCCCGGAGCAGACUGACGAGGGCAUCCACCAGUGCCUCCCUGGGUGUGGGCACCUUCAUCUCCACCCGCGCCAGGCUCAGCAUUGUUGUUUGGUGUCAGUGUUGGGCAAUGCUCUCUGUGUGCAUCCCCACACACACAGCCCCGCUCUCUCCCCCACCACUGCCAGAGUUUGAUGAGCAGCCUCAGGACGUGACGGUCAUGGAGGGGGAGGGCACUGGGUUCCCGUGUGCCCUGGACACCAUGCCGGCGCCCUCCAUCAAGGGGUUCAGGAACAGUCACCCGCUGGAGCCAGACUCACGAAUGACACGCCUUCCAUCUGGUGCCUUAGAAAUAGAGAAUGUAGCCAUGCCGGGGAGUACUGCUGCCAAGCCAACAAGAGCAAGGUGUCCCAGCAAGCCACACUCACAGUCAAGGAAGCCUACGCCCUGCGGGACCCCCAGCGGCCCGUGCUCACUGCUCAGCCAAAGUCCACGAUAGGCAAGGUGAGGGACAAGAUCACCGUGGACUGUGCGGCCAAUGGCUACCCGGAGCCAGCCGUGGUGUGGCUCAGGGACAGCGCCACCAUCUACAUGGCUUUGUGUGUGUGUGUGUUGCAGUUAUUGCUGUAUAUGAGGGACCUGGACACACUGUUCUGUGGCACCACCACCAGCAGCCUGCACAUCCAUGGCCUGCAGGAGGAGGACGAGGGGACGUACAGGUGCCGGGCGGAGAACAGGGACCUGGACACACUGUUCUGCGGCACCACCAGCAGCAGCCUGCACAUCCAUGGCCUGCAGGAGGAGGACGAGGGGACGUACAUGUGCCGGGCGGAGAACAGGGAGGAUUCGCUCGACGCCGUGGCCCACAUACAGGUCCAAAUUGCUCCGAGGUUUCUGAGGCAGCCGGCCAACGCUCUCGCCUAUGAGAAGGAGAACGUGGAGCUGGAGUGCAGCGUGUACGGCCAGCCAGAGCCCUCGCUCCACUGGCUCAAGAACGGCGAGCUGCUGGUGGAGACGGACUUUUGUGAUGGUGUGGACAUUUAUCACUUACAGAGUGUGAGCGGCAACAACCUGCAGAUCCUUGGCCUGGUGCGCCAGGAGGACUCCGGGAUGUACCAGUGUGUGGCGCACAGCUCGCCGGGGACGCCCAGCUGUGUGUCCUUGAGUCAAAGGAGCAAGACCCUGGCGGCAGGCACCCCAGGCCCCCUUGGCUGCUGCAGGCCACCUCCACCAGCAACAGGUUCAUCACGCUGGCCUGGCAUGAGCCGGAGCUCAACACCGACCACACUGUGGGAUACUCAGUCGUCUACAAGCAGGAAGGAUCACUCAGAGAACGCGUCCAGAACGCGAGUGCAGCUCCUCCAGCGAGGGACUGAAUGAAUACAAGACCCAGAUCAGCGACCUAAGUCCCGGGAGUAACUACAUGGUGCGGGUGGUGGCCCACACCUCCGGCGGCCUGGUGGGCGCCUCCAC